AUGGCCGAGCACGUCCUCGAGCCCUUUCUCAUUCUCGCUCGCGGAACAAAGGGGGCAGGCGCGGCCAAAGUCAUCCUCGACGCUACAGCUGCGCCCCGCGUGUACACCUUCGGCGAGCUACUCGAUGUCCCGAGCAUCAAGGAGUUAGAGCACGACCCAACGCACGCUAAGAGCUAUCGCCUCCUCCAGCUCUUCGCUUAUGGCACCCUCGCCGACUACAAUGCAUCGCCCGACACCUUCCCACCACUCUCUCCCUCUCACAUUGUCAAGCUCAAGCACCUCUCUCUCUUGUCUCUUGCGCUUCAGAUCCGUUCCCUCCCCUAUGCCGAGCUCACGCCCGCCCUCCAGACAGAGAAUACACCCGAGCUGGAGGCGCUGAUCAUUGACACCAUCUACGCCGGACUUCUAGCCGGCAAGAUUCAUCACCACGAGCAGGUCUUGCACGUCGACUCGGUCACAGGGCGGGACCUGCGUCCCGAGCAGCUAGCCAGCGUUAAGGCUGGUCUCGAGACGUGGUGUGGGAAUGUGGAAUCGCUUCUCUCCGCGCUGGACGAGCAGAUUGCGGCAGCGCGUAAGCGCGCCGAAGACGACAAAGAGCGCGACGGGCUGUUCCAGGCAUCUCUAGACAAAACGUACGCUGAAGUGCGCAAGGAGGCUAUCAAGCGUGGCAAGGCGUUUGGGCGGUUCGCAGAAGAGCGUGCAGACGCCAUAGAUGUCGACGAGGAGUUUGGCGACGAGACAGCGCGGCGGUAAGUGCGUGAGCCUGUCAGCGACGCUAAUGGCAGUUCACGAAGCGUUGCGCAGCGCAGUGUCGAGUCUUUCGAUGAGCGGGCCAAGAAGCGCGUGCGGGAUUAGAGAUGAUGUGUGUAUAACAGAUGUACAGCUGUCAU